CUACAAUCUCGGGUACCACCGUUUCUUGAAGUCACAGUAAAAGUUGAAUUCAUAGGUGAACCUGGCGUACAGGUGCGCCGCGUAGAGCGCCUUCUAAAUGUCAACAUAAUUGUUUGCAAGCGAAGGUACCGUACCAACUUCGACUAAAUAUUGCCCAAUUAACUCUUAGUACCAAAUUGCAAUAUAUCGGGUUCUUGGCGCGAACUUAGCAAAUUCAAAUUGCGCGAGUGUUUGUUUAUAGUGGCCUUUUAAAGGAACCAGUAGUGCUAAAAGUGACCUUUAACAACUCUAGAGUGGCUUUAUUUUGGAUAUUAGAAUACUUCACGGAUGUGUUAUUCACAAGCUGCUUUGUUCACAACAACUCUUUAAAUGGUCCACGCAAUGGCCUUUCACUUCAGAGUGUUGCUUUCUAUCCUGAUUUUCCUGCCGUGGAUACAAUGUAAAGGUCUAUGCGAAGUGGAGAAUGGGUCAUCAAACAUAAUUGUAGAUAUCGAGGAAAGCAGAGGAUCAUCUGUUAGCCAAGAAACAACACCAAAAGAUUUGCCGAUAGUUGGAGAGCCAAAUGUGGACAUAUUUCUGGAUUUAUCAUUUCCUAAAGGUCCUCCACUGUUCUUCCUCAAUGAGAAGAAAUUACAAUUACUAGCACCCAUAGACCGAGAUGAAAAUAACUUAUCUCAUAUAGUAUUUCAGUUGAUAUGUACCAUAAAAUCAACUCAUAAAGUUAAGUCAAUUCCUGUGAUAGUAAGACUGACUGAUAUUAACGAUAAUAGUCCUCAAUUUGUCGGAGUUCCAUAUGAGACCAGCAUAUCAGAGUUAACACCGAUUGGAACAACGAUAUAUCAAAACAUAAAUGCCAAAGAUAAAGACACUGGAGUGAAUGGACAAGUAGAAUAUUCGAUAAUAAAAGGUUCAAAUUUCAUUCCUGACGAAGGAACUGGGAAGCAGAGAAUUCGAAGUGAGGAUGGUUAUGGAUAUUUUGCCAUUAAUUACCCUCAUCAAGGGCAAGUCACAGUUAACAGAACUCUGGACUUCGAGAAAAUUCAACGAUAUUACGUAACAAUUUUAGCAACGGAUAAAGCUAAAGAAGAAAGCGAACGAUUAACGUCGACAACUACCUUGGUCGUCAAUAUAAAAGAUGAUGAUGAUUUACCACCGUCAUUCAUAUACACGGGCUGCAUGAUGUUGGAUGGAUCAUGUAUAAACACUGAAUACUCGGCGUCGGUUUCCGCUGGCGUGAACCAAGGCAUUUUGAAUACUCUACCGGAAAAAAUUCAAGCUGUAGAUAUGGACACGAUAAACUCCCCAAUCAAGUUUUCAUUCGUUAGCGGUACUCCCGCAAGUUACGUGGAAUAUUUCAAAAUCAACCCCGAUACCGGUGCAGUUCAUCAAAUUAAGGCUGUGGAAUCUGCCACCACUAAAAAGUUUAAUAUCAUAAUAAAGGCCCAGGAAGUGUCAGAAGCCAAACGAUCCACUACAGCAAAACUAUUCAUCACAGUCAAACCGGUAGAUACACAUCCUCCAGAAAUCGUUUUGUCUUCCAGAGAAGGUUACGUGAAUGAAAUGUCCCCGGUUGGCGAAGAAGUCCUUGAUGCUCACGAUAAACCACUGCUAGUUCAAGUUGUCGAUCCUGACUUCGGACCUGAUGAUCCUAAACCGAUUUACACGUUUGAACUAACAUCGCCGUACUUCGUGAUUGAUAAAGAUGGUCAUUUGGUCGUUAAUGAGAAUAAUCUGGAUCGCGAUCCUCCAAAUCCUGGCAAGUUCAAAUUUCAGAUUGUCGCCAGAGAAAAAAAUAGCACAGCAGCCAGUGCUCCAUCUUCAGUAACGGUAAAUUUGCUGGAUAUCAACGACAAUCCUCCAAUUUUGCCGAUUAUUUCGCCUGUUUCAGUACCAGCAGGAGACACUAAACGAAAUGUUACUACAAUUCACGCUGCUGAUAAAGAUGAAGGUGUAAAUGCUGAAGUAAAAUAUUCCAUUUAUCACGUAUCAAAUAAUGGCAAUAACAAAUUCUCCAUUAACGAGCACACUGGUGAUAUUACAACUACUGGAAAACUGAAUGCUGGUGACCAGUACAGCCUCACCGUGCAAGCUACGGAUUCAGGUGGGCUUUACAGUCAAGCUAUAGUAGAAGUGACUGUUAGUCCUGGACCCAACACAGAAGCUCCUAUUUUCGAGCAAUCCGUCUACGAUUUGGAAGUGAGCGAAGGAGCUACGAUUAAUUCUACAGUGGCCACUCUAGUUGCUACUGAUCCAGAAGGCGAUCUUAUCAGCUACUCGAUUAUGUCCGGAAAUGACUUAAGACAGUUUGCUAUUGGAACUAAAACAGGCGUAAUUUCUAUUAUUCGGAUGCUGGAUAGAGAAGAUCUAAACAGAUAUCAGAUGGUGAUUAAAGCUGAAGAUACCGGGAAACUGUCCAGUACAGCCACUGUCAAUAUAAAAGUUACAGAUAUUAAUGAUAAGAAUCCAGAAUUCGUGGGAGAUCCUUACUUGUUCCACGUAAAAGAAGGAAUUAAGAAAACUUCGGUGGGAUUUGUGAAGGCAACAGACGCAGAUGAGGGCAUAAAUGCCCAGGUUACAUAUUUAAUCCCAAGCGGAUUGCCUUUUGAUAUUGACAAUGAAACUGGGGAAAUACGUACUAACAGGCCCUUGGAUUACGAAAGUCAAAAGAAUUACCAGUUUGUGGUGACAGCAAAAGACGGAGCUCCGGACCCGAGAAUUGCAACAGCCACAGUUGCUGUUGAGGUCGAAGAUGUUGAAGAUGAAGUCCCAGUGUUCCGAGAAGAAUCUUACGAAGCCCUGGUCCCGGAAAAUGCUGCUGACCAUUUCGUCACUUCAGUGGAAGCAUAUGAUCCAGAUACAGUUCAAAAGAUAACCUACGUAAUUCAUCAAGGACCUACCGAUUUAUUUAGGAUUGAUGAAAAAACUGGAGCAAUUUAUACGACACGUGGUCUGGAUUAUGAAAAGGAUCAAGAGCACGUACUGGUUAUUGGUACUUUGGAAAAUAUGUCCAAUGAAAAGAAUAGCACUACUAAAGUGAUUGUGGAAGUGGAGGACAGAAAUGAUAUUCCACCAGUAUUUACCAUUAUUCCGCAUCCGAUCAGUUUGGAGGAUGACGUAGCCAUUGGUACAACAGUUACGACUUUAGUAGCUACUGACUCUGAUGGAACUGCACCAGGAAAUAAAGUACGAUACGAGAUAAUAGGUCGAGGAAAAGCACCCAAAUAUUUCCAAAUAGAUCCCGAUUCUGGUAUUCUACGGGUAACUAAUGAUUUGAAAAAAGAAGUUGACACCGAAUAUCAGGUUGAUGUUAGAGCUUAUGAUCUUGGUGAUCCGCAACUAUCCUCCGUUAUAACCGUUGAGGUUUUCAUUCAGCAUGUGGCAACAGUUGCUCCAGAAGUCGGACUGCGCUUCGCUGACACUGCUUAUACUUUGCAAGUACCCGAAAACACCACAAUUGGAAAACAUAUAAAAACUUUGACUAUCGUGAAUGGAAAAACCCAUGGAACCACUAUACCCCUGAAAUGUCAGAUAAUUAGUGGAAACACUGAAGGAAAGUUUGUCCUAAAUGUUACGGAGGACCGAAACUGUGCCCUAUUCUUAAACGGUUCUUUGGAUUUUGAAAGUCACGAACAAUAUGUGUUUGAUGUGGAAAUUAUGUCCUUGCAAGGUUUCAUCAAUAAAGAUUUUGCGGUUACUCAAGUUACUGUAAAUGUGCAGGACGUCAACGAUAACAAGCCAUAUUUCGUUUAUCCAUUUGAAGGCGAGAAUGUGUCCAGCAAACCUUUUAAGGAUCUUAACUCCAAUGAUAUCGAGAGUGAAACCGAAAAUAACACAACCUCUGAAUCCCGAAAAUAUUUUGCUGCAUUAUCAUUAGAUGCGCCGAUAAAUACAGCAGUUACUCAAAUCAAAGCUGAGGAUUUGGACACCGGAAAAUUUGGCAAAAUUUCCUACAAUUUAACAGGAAAUUACAGUGAAGAAUUCUUUACCAUCGACCCAUCCACAGGCAUAAUUAGAACGAAAAGAACCUUCGACUAUAUCAGCCAAGAAAGUUUGCCAUUUACUCUAAUAGCUUGGGCAAGAGAUAACCCGAAUGCUACUCGAGACUAUUUCGAAACAAGCACCCAAUUGGUGAUCAAUCUUAUUAGUGACCAAAACAGACUUAUUUUGGUAAUCGGCGAUGCGAAACCAAAUAUUGUGCAGAAAAAGCUGGACGAUAUAGUGAAGGUAAUCCAGGAUCAAUCUGGAUUAAUAGCAGGGAUUGAAAAGUUGGGCUCCAGACAAUUUAUUGGCGGAAAUGGGACUCUGGAAAACGAUCCUGAAGGCACCGAUGUUUGGUUUUAUGUGAUUGAUCCAGACACUGACGAAAUAUUGACCAGAAAUAGUUCGCUUGUUAAAAGAGCUUUAAUAGACAAAUCAUCUAUGGACAACAUAACAUUCGACCUAUCGGCACAAAUAAAACAUACGGCUUUCAACAUUCACGAGCCCUUAGUUUUUCAUAAAGUCCGAACGGCUUCCUUGGCUUCUUUCAACGAUGAAGUGUUUCUUUAUGCCUUGAUUAUUAUUGCCUGUAUCAUAUUUGUGCUUGGCAGUGUUGGCAUUAUUUAUAUCUGCGUUUCGUGGUCCAGAUAUAAAAGCUUUAACGCUCAAUUUACCAAAGCGCGGCAAUAUGUGGUACCUGCCAGUCCAGCAAGAUACGACACUGUGUAUGUUGAACCCAACCUGAAGGAAUACGAGACGCAAGUCUUGCAAAUGGUAGUGAAUGUUGAUGAUCAAGAGGAUUUUAAUGAUUUGCAAAUCGACUUCAGCAACAAAAAUCAUGCAUUUAGCUUGGAGAAUGUCAGUUAUAUCGGAAAAGACACAAACUUAAAAAAUUAUGAUAAAUCACGUCCAGUAAGUAAUGAAUCUGCGUCGACUGUGCGAGCGUCUAGUGAAGACGAUAACACCCAUCUAAUAAAAAGUACUAACAAUAACAUAAGGAGAGAUCAUAUUUACAGAUCGUCAAGCGAGGACGACAUGAACACAAGUCCCACAAAUGAGAAUGUCAUGUUUAAGGAGAAAAAAGAUUAUAACAUGACCAUGGGAUAUUCCUACGAUUCUCCCAUAGAAACAACGACAGAGUUAUAGGUAGCAUUCUUUGAAGUAAUAUUUCUCAUCCUACAUUAAAUUGUAAAUAGACAUAUUUUCAACGAAUUUAAAUUACUUUAUUAUCUAUGUGAUAUUCGGUAUACUUACUAGGUUUGUCACAACCAUGCUCAAAAGAUCGGCCCCUUUUACAUAGGGUUUUCUUAUUAAGGAAAUGUAUUAAUUAAACCCAUUAAUAAAUUAGCCCAAUGCGGUUUAUAGGUAAAAUUAUCAUUAUCUUGUAUUAAUUGUAGUGCCAAACUAAGUAAAUUGAGAGUUGAUUUUGAUUAGACGUGUUUCCAUUUACAUAUCCAUGAUUUCAGCUACUCGUUAGAUAUAACGGAAACUGGGAUACUUCUACUCAAAAACAGUUUUUAUAGUGAUUCCUGCUAUAAAAAAAUGACUGAACUGACCGAUUGAAUCAAUUAAUUGGACGCUUCUAUAAUAAUGUAAUAAUAUGUCGGCUGCAGAAAGCGUAUUUUUUUGUAAAUAUUGUUUCUAAGCAAUUAGAAUAAUUCUACAGAAGUCAUUUAUAGUCUCGAAAUAUUUAAUAUGACGCAUCUGUAAAAUGUUUAUUUAGCAACUAGUCUAAACUUGUAAAUACUGUUGUAAAAUAGCUUUGUAAAAAUAACUUAUUUUUACACGUUUUAUACCUAUCUUGCCAAAAUAAAGUAAGUGUGUAAAAAG